AUGACGAUCAUCGUGAGGUCUGAAAAGCUCAAUAACCUGGUGCCCUCGGCGAAGAAGAUGAAGAAACUCCAAGCCAGACAGUCAGAAAGCAGUAUGAACUGGACGAAGGAUAUAUCUGCGAAGCUUCGAGAACAAGGUCCACAGCAAAAUUCACGGAAGCAAGGAGAAAUCGAAUGCCAUGGCUACCGAGCUAUUUGCUGCCAGUCUCCUGCCACUGUGACUACCAUUGAGACUGGGUUUAGCAGCUGUAUGCAUAUUUCACACCACGCGGCUCAUGAAUAUUUCUCGGAUACAGCAGCUAACGAAUCAGCAAUUCUCCCCCUAUCGUUCAAUAACGAACUCAAAAGGAAGCAGACCGUCCAUUUCAUGCUCGAUAACAAGCAUCACACCUCGCCUGACCCCAGAUCUCCAACAUCUCCAACAUCUCCAACAUGUUGUUCCGCGACUACUUGUUCUUCAAUAUACCCCUGGUCCUCAGUCAGCUGCGCCGGUGAACAAACGCUGCGGAACCUUCCCCAAAAGGGGGCUGUGAAUAGCCCUUUUUCACUCAACUCUGUCGACGCUGUUAUUUCCAACGAUGAAUACCGCUCGAGACAACCCGUCCCGGCUGCUAACCUCAAAAGGAGGUUGACUAUUCGAGAAUCAAGAAUGAAGGCACUGCCCCCCUAUCCGCCGCUGCCGGAGACCGUACGCCCUCGGCCCCAAGGAUCUGAACAGUCACUCAAGCGCUCGAGAAAGGCUUCCCAUUCUAGCAACUCACCAAACGAGCUCUGCCUACCCCAAAUACCCCAAGAAAGCGAUUUUGAAAUGCUUGACGAAACGUUCCAGCAGUCCAACCGAAGUUCAUUGUUACCUUCCUUAGAAAAAGCUGCCGAAGACCUGGAAGCACAUCUUUUAGCGAUACCAUCGGGCAAAGGAACUCGACCAAACUCUCGAUCUCGUUCUCCUUCUCCCUCUUUUCUACAGCGAACUAUUACUGAUACCAAGAGCGACCAGGAGGCCGCCACCCCUGAAAUUCAGAGAGGCAACUCUCCCAGCAUGGACCUGGCCCGCAGUAGUAUCGAACGCCUUCGCGAGAGCAUAGCAUCGAAGCAAAAAGUUCAACUCACCCGCACGAAGAACCAGAAGGGUGGGCAGUCUGGCUUUAAGGGAAGAUGGAGCCGUCUGUCUGCAUUCUCAAAAAAAGGAGUGACAGAGACACCGAAAUCACAGCCGGAUUUACCUACUCUCAAGUUAGCUCCCAUGCAUACAGCCAAUCCAAUAGAGAAGCUGGAUUUCGGUUUGAACGUGGUUCUGGAUAUUCCUGUAGGCUUUGCAGAGCUUGAUGCAGACCCAUCACCACGGGAAGAAUCAAGGCAGACAAAGGCUGCGCCUCGCCCACUGAAGCCGUUGGCAGACAGCAUUAUUCUUCAAAUAUUCGAAAGCGUCAGCUACUUUGACGAUUUGUUCAAUCUAGCUCUCUCGAAUCGAGCCUUUUACACAGUGUUUAAACAGAAUGAACUGGCUCUUGUCCGAAAUACUUUAUCUCUUAUGUCCUUGCCGGCGUGGGAGCUGCGUGAGAUGAGUCCACCAUGGGAUGAUGAUGGCGUCGCUCGCCUUGGUGUCAGCGUCAGAGAUGAGCCUAUUCCCGAGUAUACCCCUCGAAUAUAUCUCGAACACUAUUCUAGAGACUUAUACGCCAUGGCUGCUCUAAAAUCUAUGAUCCUUGUACACUGUGAGGGUUUCCUACGGUUAGAAACCUCUCGUGCGCUGGCCGGCCUGGAUGAACAGCGCUCGGCAGAAAUGGACGAUGCUUUCUGGCGUGUAUGGACAUUCUGCUCCCUCUUCGGCUGUGGGAAAGGGAGAGAAAGCGAUAUCGAGGCUCAGGUCGACUGGCUCCGGGGCGGUAUACUCGCUGAGUCCGAUACUAGGCCAUCCGCAUCUAUCUUCAGUCCCAUGCCCUUCAUCAGCAACCUCCUUCUCGAUCCGCCACAAGGUUUUGCUAAGGGGAAUAACGGCGGCUUAAGCUCGGAUCAACUAUGCGAUAUGUCUGAGAUUUGGACUUGCCUUGCCAAUCUGCUUAGUGUUUUCCAUGGGAAAUGUAAGGCGGCACGCAAAUUUGGGGUCUUUGACAACAAGGACGUAACUCCCGGAGAUGUAGCACAGGAGGAGACUUUACUUGAAGAGUGGACUCAAUAUCUACUCACCCUAGGCCCUUAUGCAGUCCUUACUCUCAUCAGCUUUGCCCCUUCUACCCCAGUUGAACAGAAGUUUGCUCGUGCCAAAUCUCUAGGCUGGACCCGCUGGCAAUCUUCUGUGAAAGCAGAGAACGAGCCAGCCCGGCUGUUCUUCAAAGAAGCUGUCUCACGGGUUUGCCGAGACCUCCCUUUGAGGUCAGCCUCCCUUUCUUCUUCUAACCCGUCCUCCCUCUCUUCCAGAGCAUCUCCCCAAAGUUCAAGAUCAAAACGAAGUAGCCAGUCGAGCAUUACAAGCCAGAAAAGUGCCCGUCGCCAACGGCAAGCUGGCUUUGCAGCGGAGCUUCGCAAUAAAAAAAUAUCCCUUGAUACAGGGCUGGGUAUCUCCAACGCCAUUCCCAACUGUGAUGAGCGUCCAACUCCAGUCUCUGAGGUGGUCGUUAACAAAUUCAUUUCCUCCGAAUCGGGGACUCCAUAUCUCCAUCCCACUCCUCGAAUGCCAGUAUUCAGUCCAAACAAUCAUUCUCGCUCAACCUCAAGAUUAUCAUCACCACAGCCCACACCACCGCCAGUAGAGGAGAAAAUUUCUCAAGGCCGCCAGCCAAUGCCAUCUAGCCGGCCCGCACCACACCACAACAAUUGUUUGGAGCUAGUCGUCCCAGACCCAGCUGACUUGGCUCUACAGAAGAUGGUGCAUGAGCUAGGCUUUGAUGAAGAAGAUGCCAAAUGGGCUCUGAAACGGACUGAUACAGGUGAAUCAGUCGAUAUCAAUGCCGCUGUCCAUCUUUUACUCGUCAAAUCCAAUAAGGCGAACCCUUCGUCUGUGGAAAUGGGCCUUAGGCAACGCGAGUCUAAUAUUCCGCAAACAAAGGCAGAUGAGAUCUACAGACCUACCUGGAGAUGGGCAUAA